CAAGCAAGCAAACAAUUCACACACAAUUCAUAAAUCCGUGCAAUGGUGCAAUAGUAAACAGUGGCUGAAUUUUUCAAUAAGAAACAAUUGAACGAAUGUGAACGACAAAAAAAGCAACAAACCAAUGACAAUCGCGGUGACAAGACCUUUCGAUCCGGAACUUGAUCGGUUCAUAUAGAAAUCGAAAUUAAAAGCAGAAAAGAAGACAAACACGGAAAAAAGAAUACAGAACGAAUUUAAAAUUACGACCAGACCUACACAGGUCACUGUCGUUUUUUCAUCGUGAAACGCAUGGUGUGUUUUUGUACGUGUUUUAGAUGCAAUAUUGAAUAUAGCAUAGAAUGUGCUGCGUUUGGUGAUUUUGUAAGAAUGAGAAGCAGUGCUGAUUGAUUUUUAAGUUGAAUGUGUACGGUGACAAGGCAGCAGAUGGCUCAUUCAAAACAAUAGAUAAAAAAAAAUCGGAUGUGAUUGUUGUAAUAGAGGCUAUUCUGCGAAAAAUGAAUACGAGUUCUUAGAUCUUUCUGAUGUUGACGAUAUUGAACGAACACGGUUGUCAUCAGCUUUGUUGCAUAAACAACAACAAAAGCAGCAACAGAAGCAUCAACCACAACUGCAACCAUUCGAUAAGCAUGAACGAGCUUCAUUGAUAAAGCAUGAUGCUGCAGAUGUUCAAUCACGUAUUAGUCAAUCCACCACUUCUACGGAUAGUGAAUGUCAAAUAGUUUCAAACGACAACCGCAACAUUCAAUCAAAUUUAAGUUCUAUUAGUUCGACCCAAAAUGCGACCUCUGUAACGAAUAGUAAUCUGGCGGAAACGAAGCAAAUUUUCCGACUUUCAUAUAAAACACUGUCGAAACAAAAUCAGUCGAAGAAGGAACAAAUGCCGAAGAUGUCGCCGCACGUAAAUUCACAGGAAGAUUUAACGUCCCAACAGGCGCAGAGCACACCGAAUCAACAGGUGCAGCAGCAGCAGCAGCAGCAACAGCAACAAACUCAGUUGCCGGUGCAAUCGGGAAAUAAUCAAUCGAUACCAUCACAGUCUGCGCAACAACCCCAACAACAUACACAGCCAACACCUCACUCACAAAAUCAAAACCAGCCGAUACAGCAGCAGCAGCAACAACAACAACAACCACUUCCUCCUCAACCGAACCAUCCGACUAAUAACUCUGCUAGUAACAUUCCUUCCCACAAUGUUCAGUCACACAUUUACCCACAGUCACAACAGUCAUUUGUGCCGAAUUAUUUACCUCACAUGGGUCAAGUGUCCGCUGGUAAUUUUUAUCAUCUAACGCCACACAUACCGAGCGUAUAUUUUAGCAAUUUCACCGCCAACGUUAAUGUUCAUGGGUACACACAAACGAUGCAACCGCCAUAUAUACCAGCAAAUUAUGUUCCAAAUGAUAAUCAUCAAAGCGAACAAUCGACACAUCCGAUCCAAUCACAGCCGCAUUAUCAGCCAAGAACGCGACGAAAUGGCCGACGCGGCGGUGGCAACAAUGGUGGAUACUCACGGCGUGAAUUCUCAUCGCGACAAAUAAACUCGGUUCAGGAAAUCAACUCCGCACAAACGUCAACGCAUGCAAUUGACUCACCAGUGAUGCAACAGUCAUCCAACUAUGGUCCAUAUUACAUUAAUCCAUAUGUCGGUAUUUAUCCGAAUCAAUUUGCCAUCGGACAUCAUUCGACAACUGCCGCUCAACAUGCCACUGGUACACCACUAUACGGCUAUGGAUAUCCAGCAUAUCAUCCGGGCAUCAUUUAUCCGGCUGCUGUUAUGCCAGUCGAUUAUGUUCUCGACGAAAAAUCAGACGAUGGAAUGGGGCAGGAGCAAUUAUUGGAGUAUCCUCAGGGACAAGUUGAUCCACAAAUGCAUCAGCCCAUUGAAGAAUAUUUAUCGAAUCAAGCGCCGGCGAUACCUCCUCAAAACGACUUUAGUACUCAACAUGGAAAUGAAGAAUUUGUGAUGAGACAAGCGAAUGAGUUUAUCCCUCAGCAUAAGCAGCAACAGCUACAACCAAAUGAAUAUAUCGUAGUCGAUCAUCAUUCACCGCAUUUGAAUGAGUUUGUGGCACCACCUCAGGAACAAAACAUACACCAUCAGCAUCAACAUCAACCAAUGGUAGAACCAGAAAAAGUUAACGAAAUUCCUAUUCAAACCGAAAUUAAACAGGAGCAUUCGAUGCAAUCGCACAUCAUCAAUCGAGAUAAUAAUCGGAAUAAUGAACACAUUUAUGACAAUGCUCAAGCGCCUAGCUUUGCAAAUAUUCUAAAUGAUUCGCAUACGGUGAACGAAAUGGCCAUUUCAUCCGAGAUGAAGAAUGUUUUGAAUAAUUCUGUGCCAAAAAAUCAACAAACCAUUAUGUUGCAGCCGUUGGUUGAUACAAAUGAAAAUAAUAUCGUAUCAAAUAGCAUUGGUGAUGGACCGACGCUGACGCAAUUGCCACCACCACCACAACAGCAACAACAACAGCAGCAACAAAUUCAGACGCAACAAAAGCCAAUUGCACAGGCCAAUGGUUCAAUCAAUGGGCUUGUACAGACAAUGAAUGAAAAAUUGGUGGUGCGCACCAAUAGCAAAGCUCAACAAACACCAACGACGGCCUGGUCAAUGAAAAAGAGCACACAAUCGGUUGCUGUUUCCGUUGUGCCGUCAAACAACUAUCCACACAACGAAGUGCAUGCAGCAAAGCAAAAUGUUUUAGGUAGUAACAAUAAUAAUAAUAUACCGAUAGUGCCAAAAGUAGAAGAACAACAUCAACAUCAACAUCAACAUCAACAUCAACAACAGCAUCAACAUCAUCACCAUCAUCACCAUCAGCAAAGCUCAAAGGUGACGGCGACCGCUGCAACAAUAGCUACGGAAAAAUCGGUUCAAUCAAGUCCAGAUAUCACAACAACGCAACAAUCAUCCGAAGUGCAAACCGUUCCUGUAUCGGAUAUGCAACCAGAAGAGCCAUCGAUAUUUGCCAACAACAAUAACACCAACAACAUCAAUAACAAUGCCAGCAAUCGUAGUGAAAAUUCUAAAACACCCGCCUCGCAAUCGAUUCCACAAGCGCAAGCGUCAGCUCCAGCACCAAAUAGCUGGGCAUCACUGUUCGCUCCAAAAGAAUCGGCCAGUUUGGAAUCACAAAAAAAACCAGUCGCUAAAGUAUCACCAUACAACUCGAGUCAAGAACCAAAACCAAGUAACCCACCACUUCGAACAACACCACAAUCCACCACUAAUGCACCAGUUUUGUCUUACUCAUCAGCGGCUUCAUCUACAGCUAACGGAAGCAAACGACCAACACCAGCCAAAGCACGUGUUGCACCAUCAGCAAAACCGCCACAAAAUAGCUCAGAACCAUCCGUUGAUGAAUCAUCAUAUAGAUUAGGAGAUUUUAUCUUAAAAUACAAAGUCGACAAUAACUCAAUUAGUCUGCGACCGCGUGGUUUAACGAAUCGGUCAAAUUAUUGUUAUAUCAAUGCGAUAUUACAAGCUCUAUUGGCAUGUCCACCGUUUUAUAAUCUUAUGAAAUCAAUACCAUUGGAUGCGCCAGUUCAACGUUUCAAAACGAAUACACCAACCAUUGAUGCGGUGCACGAGUUGGUGCGUGAAUUUUCCAAUCUGCCAAAUGGUUCGCGGCUGCAUCGUCGCGAUAAAGGUGGAAAUAAAAAGGAGGAUGUCACAUUUGAACUAGUCACCGAUUCAUCAAUCGAACCGACCGCAAUACACAAACUCUGGAACAGCACACGAAACGACAAUGAAGGUCGACAAGAAGAUGCUGAAGAGUUUUUAGGAUAUGUUCUUAACAAAUUAAACGAUGAAAUGCUUGAGUUGAAAAAAUUGGUUGAAAAACCAGCCGAACCCGUACCAAAUGGAAUUGAAAAUGGUGAUGGUGCUGAUGAUGAAGGAAAUGAAUGGCAGUUGAUUGGAACGAGGAACAAAGGUGCUGUCACAAGAUCAACAGAUUUUGGUCGGACACCUCUCAGUGAAAUUUUCCGCGGUGAACUAAGAUCACGUUUACAACGUGAAGGUGAUCACCCUUCAACCGAUGUCAUGCAACCAUUCUUUACACUUCAACUGAACAUUGAGAAAGCGAAUUCGGUGAAGGAAGCACUCGAGAAUUUCGUGAAUAAGGACCAAUUAGAAGGAGUCACUUGCACCAAAACAAAUCAAGAGGUGAACGCUUGGCAGCAAAUGACUUUGGAAAAGUUGCCGAUUGUAUUGAUUCUACAUUUGAAAUGGUUCGAUUACAAAGGCGACGUUUGUACAAAAAUACUUAAGACUGUUGAUUUCCCCAUUGAAUUAAAAUUGGAUCCAAAAAUCUUAUCGUCAAAGAAAUACACGGCCAAGCAACGACAAUAUCGAUUAUUUGCGGUUGUAUAUCACGAUGGUAAGGAGGCGUCUAAAGGUCAUUACAUAACAGAUGUUUAUCACACUGGGUACUUAAACUGGAUUCGGUACGAUGAUAGCACGGUGAAACGAGUUAGUUUGAAGAAUGUUUUGCAUCCGAAUACACCACGUGUACCAUAUCUACUAUAUUAUCAGCGAAUGGAUACGAUACCAGCACCGGCCACCAACAGCAAUACAAAUGCCACCACCAAUGCUCAUUCACACAAAUAAAUUGCCAGCCAAUUUUUGAGUUUAAUAAUGUCAUUUGUACUUGUUGGAACGAAUUGAUGCGAGGGCCGACGGUUGCCGGCCCCAAUUUGCCUAAACGACUUCUUAAAAAAAAAAUUUUUUGAAAGAAAAUGAGUUACAUUCGGCAUCGAUUUCCAAGCGCAAUUUGGCGGGUUCUAUUUCAAUUUUCGUAAAAAAAAACAACAAUUUCGAUUGUGACUGUGACAAAAUAGAAAGAAACAUUUUUAAAUUAAAUACAUGAUUAAAUUGCAAGUCAAAAGCAAAUCAUUUGAUAGGUAACUGGAAACGAUACACGCUGAAACAGAUGUAUUCGUGCAAGUGUAAAAGAUUACACGUUAUUCAUGUUUAGUCUUUUGUUCUUAACUAUCAUAUUAUUUUUAAUAUUAUUAAUUUUUUUUUUUCGAUCGCAUCAUAAGUUUAAAGAAUAUUAUUGGAAGUAUUUGAAUUUUUUUUUUCUCCUCCAAAUUUCGAUUCUCUCAUUCUACGAAUAAAGAAUAUGAUUGACACUGUCAAGCAAAACAAAAACUGAAAAGAAAUAGCAAGAAAAAAACGUCGUAUAACUGAUGCUUAGCUAAAAUAGAAAGAGAAAGUCGUAGAGAAAUUGCGCCGUUUUUCUAAAACAUCGGACAAAUAUUGGCCGAAUCGCGUUUUAGAGCUGGUGAUAUCAAUGGCAGCAACGUAAAAUCAAGCAAACUGGAAUUCAAUUUUUGAGCACAUAGAUCAAAGAUGGAACAAACAAAAAAGUGAAAAGAAAUUACAAAAAGAAAUCAUUGUUAUCACAAAUGAAACAACAACAAAAACACACACACCUAGCAACAUGUAAAUUUGCAACACCUAAAAUCUAAAGACAAACAAAACUGAAAUGUAAUUUUAAUGAAUUAAUAAUUAUUAUUAUUUUCGUCAUCAACA